AUGCCGCAGCGCGCCGUCGCCCUCGGUCAUGCGUUUCGUUCCAUUAGAAAAGGGCAUUCGGACAGCAGCGGAUCGCCUCGCGCGUCCCAGCCUGGAGAGGCGGACUGUACACGAGACCUGGCAUCGACUGGCAGGCACUGCGCUUGGACAGCGGACGCUGCGCCCGCAGGGGCUCUAGUUCACCGGGCCGGGACCGCACAUAGGGACGUGUUCGUCAUGUCCGACGCCGAACAGCCGGCUCCUGCCCCCGAGGAGCAGCAGGCGGAGGAACAGCCCGCUGAGCCUGUUGCCGAGGCCGCCGCGGAGGACGAGGCGGCCGAGCCGGCGCCCGAGGGCGGCGACGAGCCCGCGGGUGGAGAGGAGGCGCCCGCGGACGCGCCCGCGGAGGAGGCGCCCCCCGCGCAGGACGAGGAGGCGCCCGUUGACACACCCGCGCAGGACGCGCCGGAGGAGCCCGAGGCGGCCGCAGAGCCCGAGGCAGGCGACGGUGCGGAGGAUGCGGAGCCCGAGGCGGCCGACGCGGCGGACCAGACGGACGAGCCCGCGGCGGACGACGCCGUGGACCAGGGGGACGAGCCCGCGGCGGGCGACGCGGCGGGCGGGGCUGACGCGCCCGCGGAGGACGGCGGGGCGAGCCCGGCAGAGGAGGCCGGGGGGGACGACGAGCUCGCGUUCGAGCGGCCGAUGGUGAGCGUGGCGUCGCAGGAGGAGGAGGAGGACGGCGAGGAGGGCGGCGGGCAGGUGAUGGCGAUGUGCACGGCGCCGCAGCGGGGCCUGGAGGCGCUGCUGGAGCUCACGUCGCGCAGCACGGGCAAGGACAUCGCGGUGAAGUUCGCGGAGGAGUUCGACCUGCACUGGGAGGACAUCGUGGUCAAGUACGGCAACCUGAUCGUGCACCACGACGACUCGAUCUCCGAGGUGGGCGUCGCCGCGGGGGACGGCGUGGAGUUCGAGCUCCACCUGCGGCAGACGCGCAUCCCCGAGGCGCACCCCGCCGUCGGACGCAUCGCCGGCGUCGAGGUGAUCGAGGUAGAGAUGGCGCCCGCGCGCGGCGAGGACGGCGCGGUGGUGGCGCACGGGCGCACGAUCCGCGUGGUGAUGGACUGGCGGGAGCAGGAGCGGCGCAAGUACUUGGGCGGGUACCGGCACAAGAAGACGGGGGCGGUGUACCACCACGCGUCGGCGCAGACGCGGCGCGUGGCGAAGUGGACGGAGGCGGACCGCAAGCUCACGCGCGAGACGCAGACCAAGGAGACGCGGACGCGCGGGCGCGGGCAGACCACGCGCGAGCACGGGACGCAGAUGGCGCGCCCGGACGUGUACGUGGACGGCGCGCGCGACGUGAUCAUGGUCCCGCGGCCCUGGCGCGACGGGCAGCCGUACCAGACCGCCGCGGAGCUGAUGGAGGUGAAGAAGGAGAAGGCGCUGGUCAUCCAGCGGUUCUGGCGCGGGCACCUGGGGCGGAAGCGGGCCGCCGCGGAGCGCCACAAGCGGGACGAGGCCGCGCGCAUCCAGCGCAUCGAGGCCGAGAAGCUCGCGCAGCAGGAGGAGGAGAGGCGGCAGCGGGAGAUCCGGCGGCGCGUGCAGCCGCGGACGGCGGAGGACUUCAGUUUGCUGCAGUCGGAGCUGGAGGCGUGGCGGAUGCACCAGACGCGGCACAUCAAGCACGCGGACCUGGAGCACGAGGAGCAGCACGAGCAGCUCGAGCGCGUGCUGUACAAGGAGACGAAGCUGCUGCAGACGGUCGACCGCCUGCGCCUGGUGGCCGCCGAGGUGAACCGCGAGCGCCGCGUGGACCACGCGCUGCGCACCAUGGCCGCCCCGAAGCGCUGGCAGGCGCAGAACGGCGACAACGUGGAGGUGCACACGCCCUUCACGAUCCGCGCGCGCGAGCUGAUGCACCUGUACCAGGGGCUCAACCUGCCCGGGGUGUCGACGGAGGAGCGCCUCGACGUGCUCCUGCACGUCAAGUACACGGUCAAGGAGUUCGACUGCGGCCUCACGCGCGAGAUCUCCGACCUCAUCGACCGCGAGGCCGACCUGCUCAACCGCGGGCGCUCCGUGCCCGCGCUCGAGGGCCUGCGCCGCCGCAUCACGUCGCUCUUCCUCGCCUUCGUGGAGACGCCCGAGUUCAACCCGGAGGCGUCGCAGUUCGAGGUCGCGGCGCACGUGGGGUCGUACAUGACCCGCGCGGGGAAGCUGCGCGACAAGGGCACGCUAGUCAACCGGAAGGACACCAUGGCUGGCGCCGCGGGGGUGGGCAGCACGCUCGACGCGCGGAACACCGCCGGGAUGGGCGGCACCGGCAGCCCGCAGCAGCGGCGCCCGGACACCAUCGCCACGCCGGGGUAG